AGUUUUAGAGUUUUUAUUGGGAGAUCUUGAGGGUUUACCAUGGUGGGGGAAUCGCUUGCAGAAUCCGUCACGGCAUCCCAUACGAGUGCAGGUCUGCCUGGCAGUACGCUUGUACGGUCUACCAAUAAGAAAUUGAAUUACAAGCCGGUGGAGAUGGGAGACAAUGUUGUCGACGAACCACCGAUGAAACGGUUGAGGUCAGAACAUAGCAGAUCAAACAUAAAGGCGAAAAAGGAAAAGCCUAUUGGCAGAAAGGCGUUCCUGUCGCAUGAGGGCCAGCCUUUACCAGAUGUGGAAUACUACUUUGAAAAAGGCUUGCGCAAAGUGAAACCAUACAAGUUUGUCUACCAAACGUAUGCAAAGGGCCGAUGGCAAGGACGUCCGAUAAUAGAGGUCUUUGCAAAGGAGUUUCAGGACAAACCUAGAGAUUACUAUGAAAAAGCCAUCUGCACUGGGAAGAUCUUGAUAAACAAUGAGCGCAUUUCUCUUGAUUAUGUCCUCCGCAACGGUGAUCUUCUAUCACACUCCAUACAUCGCCACGAACCGCCGAUUUCCGACCAAACUGUGGAGAUUGUAUAUUCCGAUACUGACAUGCUUGUUGUCAAUAAACCAAGCUCUAUCCCGAUCCAUCCAACAGGGCGCUAUCAUCACAAUACGAUAUUGCAUAUUUUACGAAGUCCCGAAUUCAAUUAUUCGAAUCUAUUCCCCGUCAAUAGGCUCGACAGGCUAACAUCAGGUCUUUGUCUGAUUGCUCGUAACAAGAAGCGAUCACAGGAAUUGAUGGUAGAGUUUCAGCAGCGGAAUGUUGAAAAAACAUACCUUUGCCGAGUGCGAGGGGAGUUUCCCACAGAGGAAAUCAUCUGUGAGGAGCCGAUUUUAACGGUUUCCCACAAAUUGGGUGUGAACACGGUUUCACCAGAAGGGAAAGAAUGCAAAACUAUAUUUAAACGAUGGAGCUAUAACGGGUUGACGAGUGUUGUAGAAUGUAAACCACUGACGGGCCGUACACAUCAGAUUCGCGUUCAUCUGCAAUACCUUGGGUAUCCCAUCGCGAAUGAUCCCAUUUAUUGUUGCGAUAUAUGGGGCCCCAGCUUGGGAAAGGGUGGUAUUGAGAAAGGACAGCUCGACAGCGUUCUCAAGGAAUUGACGCCACAUGCGUAUCCACAAGAUGUUCAGGACCACACGGAUUCAGCCUUAAUUACCGUCGGUCAACUACAAUCUGACGCUGAAGAAGCAUCAUCCAACCAACAGAUCGCCGACACGUUGGAAGCAGAUUGCAGCGAGUGUCUUAUUCAAAGAAUGGACCCUAUACCUGAGCAAUUACAAAUCUGGUUGCAUAGCUGGAAGUGUGAAUGGGACAGAGGCAAAUACGAAACCCCAAUUCCAAACUGGGCUGAUCCAGACUUUGAUGGUGAUAAAAAGCUUAUAGAUAGGUUUUGGAAGCACGGCGGGAAAUGGGACGGGCUGGCAUGUGGUGUGCUGGUGGAAGAAUCAUAAACUGCAUUACUAAGCAGCGGGUUCGAAACCUGCUCAACGCAAAACAUCGCGGGCUUUACAC